AUGUCAACCCCGUACGAGAUUCGAACAGGCGACACCGGCAAGAGUAAGAAGCAAAGCAUGGCAGAGUUAAAGCUACGUCGGUUGACGGAGCUCAACACAAGACUCAAGGAGGACCUGGAGAGAAGGAGAAUACCUGUCUCAGAAGCUGCGAUCGAUUUGAUUGCAUUUACCGACAAAGAACCCAAAGACUUCAUGGUACCUUCACGAUGGGGAACGGUCGAUAAGAAAGAAGACCCGUAUGCUCCGCAACAGUCUAGCGGUUGCUGUAUUGUCAUGUAA